CUCCUCGCCCUCCCAUUGGUCCGUUCCCUCGCCCUCCGACACCGGCGCCUUCACGUGCUCUCCUUCUCUCCUCGCGCCACGUGUCCCUUCUACCCAAUCGCUGUACCCGAUGCUCGCCCGACACGUUCCACGAAGGACACGUGUCAAGGCCUCCCCCAGCUAUUUAAGGCCCCUCCCCCCUCCUGCUCGGCCUUAAGGCGCCUCAAAAAAAAGAAAGAAAAAAUUGUGAGGAAAAUUACAAGGUGGCGAUGGAGAGGAGAGGAGGAUGCUGCAUCUCGAAGUAUGGAGGGGAAGGAGGAGGAGAUUAUCGUGCUGACGUGGCGUGGAAAGUUGGCCGGAUUAUGCUCAGGUUCCGGCCGAUCGCGCCGAAACCGGAGGCGGCGGCGCCGGUUGCCGCUGUGGCGCCGGCGGAGACGAGGACGGCCGGGAGGGCGAGGAGGAAGGCCGGAGGCGGCGGCGGAGGGAGGGAGGGUAGAAGGGGAAGGAAAGGGAGAAAAAUAGUAACAGGGGCAUUUAAGGAAGAGACGGGAGCAUAUAAGGAAGAAAAGGAAGAAAAGUUGUCGUCCUCCUCGUCCGACUUGUCGGCAGCGGGGUCCGGGACGACGGUGACGCUGCCGCUGAUGCCGGAGACACCGGAGAGGAAGGAGGCCGCGCCGCCGGCGGAGGUCCCGGCGGUGCCGUACCUGAUCCCGGCGUGGCUACGAGGACGGGAAGGAGGAGCAGCCGGCGGCGGGGGAGGGGGAGGAGAGGUGGUGGCGCCGCGUCCAGUGAGGCCGGCGGGGUCGUGGGUGACGGUGGAGUGCGUGACGGACACGUGGCGGGAGGGGGAGGUCGGUGCUGCGGUCCCCGGCGGCGACGAGGCCGUCAGAGCGGCGCUAGAAGCCGACGAAGCUUGUCCUGGCGUCAUAUCCGACGCGUGGGACCGGGUGACGUGGACCAACGAGGCUUAUAGGAGGAUGGUGGUGGGGCGGGCGGCGGAGGAUGGGAAGCAGGGAGCAGAGGAGGAGGAGGAGGAGGAGGAGGAGGACGUGAGGGUGGCGCUUGUGACGAGGGGGAUGGUGCCGGGCGCUACGUGCCGGGCGUUCACGUGCCGUGUUCGCGUGCGUUACUCGAGCCGGCGGCGAGGGAGGGGGUCGCUGGCGGCGCCGUGCGACGUCUGGCGGAUGGAUGACGGCGGUUACGCGUGGAGGCUCGACGUCAAGGCCGCUCUCAGCCUUAGCUUGGGGAGAUAAAUAGAAGGACGGAGAUGGACCUGAAAUAAAUGGCAUAUAGAAAGAUGGCAGAGGGGGUUAGUUGUAAAUAUCUUUUGGACGGAGUCCUUGAGCUCUCGAUAAGCGCAAUAAUGGCUGAUAUGGUGGAGGUGUAAGAUGGGAAGAUGGGGAGGAGGACAGGUUUCAGCAGUGGAAGGGACGUGCAAGGCUGGGAGGGGGCCAGGUGGCAGAUGCUUGAUGGGACGUUGCUUUGUGGAAUGUAAGACGUGGCAUCAUGUAACUAAAUGGAGGAGUGAGGUUGGAGAGAGAUCGGAAGAGAGAAUAGAGAAGUUCUAUGCUGACGAACUGUAAUCUCACAUAGCUUUCUCUCUCUCUCUCAAUCUCUCUGAUGUUUGUUCCCGGGAUGUGUGGGGAUUUACCUUUGCUUUUGGUGUCGUAUCUUGAUGAGAUGAAAAAAGUAAGCUAGAUUUGGCC